CUCUCCCAGUCAUCUCGAUGCCCCGGCAUUCACCAGGCACUCAGUGUGGUGCGUCUAUUUCAGAGGAGCUUCUGGGUGAGAUGGAAACAGAGAGCCUGCCUGGCACAUGGACACUUGCCACCCCAAGCUGCCUUCUCUCCUGCUGCAAAUGGAUACAGGAGCCUCCUUCCCCUGCUUGUCCUACACUGGUCAAACAGCUGCUGCAUCCCACGCCAGAGGUGGCUGCAUUUCAGUGAUCCAGCGGCGGUGGGCAGCUGUGCCAUCCCUGAUCAGAGGGGACUGGGCUCUGGCACAGCGUCCUGCCUCUCCAAGACCUGCCGGAGAGCUGAGGGAGUACACUGUUCCUUUCAGAGGAUUGGGUCCUCCAGGUCAGCCAGCGCCCAGCCAACUGCCCUUUGGAGAACGAGCUUGGGGGUACAUGGCCCCUUUAAGGGCUAGCGGGGGCUGCAUCACCCACAGAUGCCUGACCAUGGCCCUGGCCCCAAGUUCUCCUGUGACUUCAGCGUGGCCAGCGAUGGAGAAUGCAGUCGCCCCUUGGAAGCUCCGUCCCAGAACGAUGCAGGAAGGAGGGUGCUGCCCAGCAAUGCAUUUCAGCCAGAUCAGGGGACAGCAAAAUGAGCCAUGGUGCAUGUGCCACCUCUGCUUUGCCAUCUGCUGCACACUAACAUCUGCCUUUCCACGCUGUGCCCACACAAUGCACUGUGACAGCACACGGGUCUUUUGUGUCCUUAAACACACCUGUGCCGUAGCUUGUCAUGCUGCUGCGAAGGCCUGGUGGGCUGUGGAAGGCAUGGAUCUGAACCGUACGGUGAACAGAGCUACCGGGAUCUCGGGGACUGGGCUGGCUGCUCUGCACAGAUAGUAACGGACUGGCACACUUGGGGUCCACAGCACAAACCAGGGGACGAAGCUGCCUGGCUGCCUUUGCUCCAGGACAGUUCUUGUAAGGUUGUAAUGGCUUUAAGGGAAUUCUCACCUGAGUCUGAACCACUGCCAGGCCAUAUCCACCUCGCCUUUCUACUUCUGAGCUGCCAGGACCAAUGCUGAGCAGCUCCCCGGGGGUAAAUAGCCAGAGAGCCCUUGUGCGCUACCUGCUAGCAGGUAGUGCCGGGCCCUGCUUGCAAGCUGCAGCCCCCCUCCCCUCCAAGGAAUUGCGCUCUACAGCCCAGUCCCACUUACCUCCCCAUUUGAAAGGAAAGCUCCCCAGAACACACCUGACACACACUGGGGAGUUUUGAUGACUACAAGUGGAUAAAAUCCUGCAUUCCAGAAGGUUUAGUUCAGGUUCCCAGAGCCCAUUAGCCAGGCUGGCUGUUCAGAAGGGUGAAUCAGCAGAGAACUAAUACAGGGCUUUCUUUUACCACAGUUAAAAGCCAUUAAAAUGUCAAUUUUAGAUAACUCCGAUAAGGUCGUGUUCUGCUAAUACCUUACUCCACAGGAAGGAGAGGGGGGUUCAAAGAAGGGAGACAAGUAUGAGGGGCCUGGAUAAACUCAGUUGAAGAGAGACAGAAAAGACGGGAAGUGAAAAGAGAGGGGGCGAAUCAGAGGGGACAGGAAAGAAGUGGGUGAAUGGAAUACACCAGCUAGACGGGAAUGUUUGUUCCCCCUGUGUCUGAGCACAAGAAUAAAGGGGCAGUUCGGUGACUAUGAAAGUGGACAAACUCAAAACGAAGAAAAGGAAAUACACAAAUAUCCGGUGGGACUCAUUGCCAUUGGAUGCCACUGAGGCCAUAACUUAGCAAGAUUUGAAAACCAAUCAGACGUUUCUCUGGAUUAUGAGACUGAGUUAUAACAGCAAAUACUAAACCAGAGCCGAGAGUUUUAGAAGGAAUAUUACCUCCUCCACUCCCCGGAAGGGACCAUCUAAUCUGGCCCCUGUAUAGCACAGGCCACAGAACUUCAUCAAGAGAUGGAGACUCCACCACUCGAUGUUAGAAAUGUGUCUCUGUCUCCUUUACUUUGUGCACUGGUGACGGUGCCUUUUGUUCAGAGGAUAUGGAACAAUGGAUCCACCACAGGAAUUAAAGAUGCAGGCACACAUCAGGAAA